UGUCCGUACUUUGAGGUCGAUGAUGCUUUCUCGACGAGCAGUCUCAUCCGUCAGCCGCUGCAGCAAGGCAUCAAGGGCGGUUGCUACCGCAGCGAGCCGUGCACCGAGAGUGACAGGAUCGCUGAGACGAACAACUAUUCCGUCCGGGAGGCGUCAUUUAUCUUCAGUUCCCGGUGCUACAGCCGCUGGCUCUUUCUCGACCAAGCCCACCGAGAAGGAUCCCUACACGUACCAGGUCGGAUUCGGCAACCGCUUUGCCUCGGAGGCAGUGCCUGGAACACUCCCUGUCGGCCAAAACAAUCCGCAGAAAUGCAAGUAUGACCUCUACGCCGAGCAGAUGACCGGCACAUCAUUUGUUGCUCCUCGAUCGGAGAACAAGAAUGCAUGGCUGUACAAGAUCCGACCUUCAGUAGCGCACCAAGGUUUCACGAAGUUACCAGACAAUCCUGACCUUGAGUCGAAUUUCUCUCCUUCAAAUCCCAAAGUCCAUGUCAGCGCCACCCAACUCGCGUGGUAUCCUCUGGAGAUCCCAUCGAGCGGCAAAGUUGACUUCGUAACCGGAUUGAAGACGCUCGCAGGGAACGGCGACCCCACACUACGCGAAGGUCUUGCCGUGCACAUGUACAUGGCCAACGCCUCUAUGGAGAAUCAGGCCUUCUGCAACAACGAUGGUGAUAUGUUGAUCCUACCUCAACAAGGUCGUUUGGACAUACAAACUGAGUACGGAAAGUUGAUGGUUCGGCCGGGAGAGUUGGUGGUCAUCCAGCGCGGCAUGAAAUUCAAAGUCAUCUUGCCCGAUGGACCCUCCCGUGGAUAUAUUCAGGAAAUCUUUGGCUCUCACUACGAACUGCCCGAGCUCGGUCCCUUGGGGGCUAACGGUUUGGCGAACCCACGAGACUUCGAGGUUCCCGUCGCAAGCUUCGACAUUGAUCAAUCACCAUGGGAGAUCGUUUACAAGGUCUGCGGCCAGCUCUUCUUGUGCAAGCAGGAGCAUACCCCCUUCGAUGUUGUAGCUUGGCAUGGAAACUAUGUCCCAUACAAGUACGCCAUGGAGAAGUUCAUCAACGUUGGCAGUAUCUCAAAAGACCACAUCGAUCCAUCUAUCUUCUGCGUCCUCACGGCUAAAUCGAAGACCCCUGGCACGCCUCUCGCCGAUUUCUUGAUCUUCAGUCCUAGAUGGGAUAUUGCGAUGGAAACCUUCAGGCCGCCAUACUACCAUCGCAACGCUGCUACCGAAUUCAUGGGUCUUAUCUAUGGAAAUUACGGUGGACGCAGUGAUGAAUUCGCUCCUGGAGGAGCCAGCUAUGAAACUGGUUUCUGCCCACACGGUGUGUCUUAUGACGAGUUUAAGGCUGCCACCGAGACGGAGCUUAAGCCGAUGAGGGUCCACGAAGACACUAUUGCCUUCAUGUUCGAGUCUAGCAUGAUGUUCACACUCACCGACUACGCGAUGAAGAGGACCGGCAAGUUGCAUGAACACGAGCCCAAGAUGUGGGAUAACUUAAAGGGCCAGUUCAUGAACCACCUAGAUCAGGUGAACGCAGACCUAAAGGCCGCCGGACAGCCACCUUUGGCUAGGAAGUGAUUGCUUUCCUUUUGGGCGUGCGGUUUAUAUUCUGGUCUAAUAAUCUGUCGCAUCUUUACGUGUAUUAACAACUUGUCUAUGACCUGUGUUACUCAGCAAAUCAUACUUGUUGCAUGCAUACCAGAG